UGUGCAUCUAGUCUAGCGGCAGGCUUCAAUAUUGUAUCCUGGAUUUGUGCAGUCGGAAUAAAACAAUAAUGUGGACGUCCGAAGCCUGAAAGCACUAUGCCGUCGUCUUAAAAUUUAGCGUUUUCAAUUAACCCAAAGCAUGGAGGACGAUCUGGUGUCAGAGGAUGAUAUUUUGCUCCGGUCUGAGAAGGAGUUUCAUGAUGCAGUGAGGAGGAAUGACACCGACAAAAUGCAAGAACUGAUGAAAAAAGGGGUUGACAUCAAGGCCAAAAACAAAAUCGACCGGAAGGCUCUGCACUGGGCCGCGGGAAUGGGAAACGAGCGAGCUCUGAGGCUGCUGCUGGACCACGACACUGAGGUGGACGUUGAAGAUAGCUUUGGUAUGAACGCUCUGUUGCUGGCAUCCUGGUUCGGGCACCUCAAGAUUCUCCAGAUCCUGGUAGCAUCUGGAGCAAAGCUAAACUGUGUAAACAAAAAAGGCUUAAAUCUCCUGCACUGUGCUGCUCAGAGGGGUCACAUUAAAGUGCUUGAGUUCAUUAUGGAAGACCUGGAGGACGUGCAACUGGACAAGAGGGACAAGUCCGACAGGACGGCACUUCAUCUGGCCGCAGAGCAUGGACAACUGGAAAUAGUGGAGUUCCUCAUUGGAUUCGGCUGUGGCCAUGGUCUCAAAGACAAGGAGCUGAACACUGCACUACAUUUAGCUGCCAAGCAUGGACACGACAGGGUGCUGCAAAAGAUUCUGGAGACCGGCGUGGACAUCAAUGAGAAAAACAUUGAUGGAUUGACAGCCUUGCACUUCUGCGCUGAUGAAGGGUAUUAUGACUGUGUCAAACUGCUCUUGGAGUCCUACUGUGACAUCAAUGCUCUAACAAAUAAGAAUACGAAUGCCCUCCAUUACGCUACCCAACACGGCCAUGGAAAAGUGGCAAGACUGCUGGUGGACCACGGAAUCAACACGGACGCCGUGGACAGUCAACAUGCUACACCUCUUCAUAUGGCCGUGUUCUACAACUAUGCAGAGAUAGUGAGGCUACUAAUUGAUACGGAUUGUGACCUGGACAUUCCAGAUAAUAGGCAACAGACAGCCUUGCACAUAGCAGCGGAGCAUGGACGCCAGGACAUUGCUGAAAUGAUCCUCAUUGCAGGGGUCAACUUGAGACUGAUGGAUAAGCAAGGAAAGACGUCACUGGAGGUAGCCGCUAGAGGAAACCAUGUCAACUUAGUGGACAUGAUCAUCAAAGCUGACAGGUUUUAUAAGUGGGAAAAGGACAACAUGAACAGCGACUCGGACUCCUGGGAGGGCAGGCACCUGACCUUCAAGCAGGAUCACCACCUGGAGACGCAGCACAUCCGCUCCGUCCUGUGGAGGCUGGCCACCAAGUACCUGAAGCCCGGCGAGUGGAAGCAGCUGGCCCAGUUCUGGAGGUUCACAGACGCUCAUAUUCGGGCCAUCGAGCAGCAGUGGACAGGCACAAAAAGCUACAAGGAGCAUGGACACCGCAUGCUUCUGAUCUGGCUACAUGGUGUGAAAAUGGCUGAGGAGAAUCCCAUCAAGGGCCUGUAUGAAGGGUUAGUGGGGAUCUCCAGAAGAGACUUAGCAGAAAGCAUACGACAGAAGGCCAAUGCAGAUUCAAACUCCCCAAAGAAAUGCUCAGUCAUGUGAGCAAGCGUUCCCUACAGACACAGAGGGCUGCUUCAUGAACCAAUACCAUCGCUGUUACGUCACCGAACUUUGAGAGGGAAAACAACAAAACGACUGUAGUUUGAAUAAAACAGUUAGACACCAGGAUAAAAACUUAAUUGUGUACCAGUUUUCUCAAAGUUAUGUGACCUUUCUUGGAAGAGCGUUUCAGGCAUUUCAAAGGAAAUCCAAAUGAAGAAAAGAUGCGGACAGGAAAAACACAGUGCCAUUGAAGUGGAAUUUUCCACAGGGUCCUCCAAAUCUCCAUCUGAAAGGGCUACUACUGUACGUGCCAUUCCACAGGCACCUCUGUCCACUCACUGUCGAGCUACAAGCACAUUUUCUACAAAGACAAGGAAUGCAUCUGUGAUUAUUUUCUUACUCUUGGUGACAGGCUUUGUUCUGACCUUCUCCAUAGGACUUUUCAGCUAUUUUUUAAAACUGACGUUUUUCUCCAUCUGACACUGAAGAAUGUCAACUUGAAUGGAGCAGCCUGUCUUUUUAAUCCGGUAAUUUAAUACAUUUUAACUGAGCAAAAUAGCUGGAUGCUGACAAAUCCUUUAGCCUUACACCCCUCAUAUUUAUACCUGUAUCUGUACCCUGAAUUCUGACUACUGUCUACCCUACCUGUAAUAUCAUGUGAGUACCUGUCUAAAUGAAAUUACAGUCUAUGCAGAACUAUUAUAUUUAAGAUACACCCAUUACAGAGUUUGACAACAAACUGAUGUCAUACUUCGACAGGGUUUCAAUGCAAUAAAUGUUUUCUGUACAAAAAUGACCUUUUUCAUACAACUGUUAAUAUUAGCAGGUUUCAUGAAGACAAAUGCAUGUCCUUUCCAUGACAAGCAAGAAUUGCCUCAACAAAGAAAAAUAAUGGACCUUUGGACCUAAGUACCAGGCUUCUGAGUUUGUUCUUUUUCUGUCCUUAAAAGGAUUUGAUUUUUCUUUUCAAUAAAACUUUUUUGUGCACUGA